UGUGUAUCGGUGCAUUUUCGGUAUCCAUCUGCUGUCGUAAUGGAUAAACGAACAGCUGAAAGUCCGAUGGACUUUGAGUGGCAGUCCAGAGCUCCCGGUGAUGUGACUUCGCCAUUUUACCAGCUCAGCAUGCAGCAUGACAAUCAGAAGAAGCGUUCACAUAAUGUAUUCGAGUCUCCCGAGAAAAAACAGAUGCCUGCUCUUCGCGAGCCCAACUCCCAGCCCUUCCUCUUUUCGCAAACGAAACCCACAGCACCCGAGACGCCGAAAUCCGUAUUCGCCCAGCCCGCGUUCAUGACACCGCGGAAAUUUGACCUUGACUUCUCUUCUGGCGCCGAAAAUAUGUCUUCCCCGGAGAAUGCAGACAAUGACGAUACUCCCGAGCAGCCUACGAAGACAGGCCAUCGGAAUUCCCUUUUUGGCAUGUAUGGACGCUUUGCGCCGAGUCCGGGCAGAGGCGAGAUUCCUCGAUUGAGCCACUAUUCUAACGCAGUAGCGCGACGGGUUCAGAAGCGGCGAUUGCGGAAUAAAGCGUUGGAUCUACAGGUCCACAGGGACAGUGAUGAUGAGAGCGACCGACCGAGUAGCAGCGAAGGGCAACAGAAGGUGAAGCAUAAAGGCGGCCACAAAGAUGAAGCGCCGUCGUCGCCGACGUCUACAUUCAAGAAAUUCUUUACCUUAGUGGAGGCCCAUCCAAACGUCCCGAACAUCCUCUCUUGGUGGGCACAGCUCGCCCUUAACUUUUUCAUCUUUUCUAUGGCUGGAUACGUCCUUUGGGGGAUAGUUUGGACUAUACGGGCCGAAUUCGACCAGGCCGCUGAGGCCGCGUCAGAUACGAUCCUAGCUGAGAUGGCCGCCUGCGCGAAGGACUAUGUUGAUAAUAGGUGCGGCGGAGGAGAUCGACUACCGGCUCUGGAGACCGUUUGUGCGAACUGGGAACGGUGCAUGAACCGCGAUCCGGCCAAGGUUGGGCGGGCUAAGGUGUCGGCGCAAACCAUGGCGAUCAUCAUAAACAGCUUCAUCGACCCGAUCAGCUGGAAAGCGAUCUUAUUCUUUCUUGCCACUAUAUCGACCGUCACCUUUGUCAGCAACUGGUCCUUCCGCUCGUUUAGAAACCGCUACAAUCACGACUUCGCUCCUCCACCCCCCGAUUACCAGCGACAGUCAUCCGGCCAGCAUCAUCCGCUACCGCCGCAGCUCCCGGACCAGCAUACUCAGUUUGGAUAUGGGACCCACCACCAGGACGAUCCAACCGGGUUCGUAAAACAGGACGUCCCAUUACUCCUCGAGAACCAUCCCCAGGCGAUGAAUAUCACCGAUCGUAGCCGGGAAAGGUCGAGGAACCCCCGCACCCCAAGCCCUGUCAAGCGGGGAAGAAAGCUUCUUUAAUUUCAUCCAUAACAUCAAAGCAUCAGCGACCGGACCGGGCGUUUAAUUGUUACCUUCGGUGUAUUUUUGUUUGAUUUUUGGCGAUAGAGUCGGGUUUCGGGACAGGGAUUUAUCAUAUCAUGAGAGCACUUCGUCUGUACAUAUUGAGCUGCAUCGACUGAGAUUA